UUCUGCAAAAAGCAGCUGUGGUGGUAUGCGCAGCUGGCCAGUCUGAGGUGCCUCUAGCGAUCGUUCGGUCCUCGCCACGACGACUUGUGUUGUAGCCCGCUUUGGAACGAACAAGCUGCGCUAGCACUUCCGAUUCAGUCUUACUCACAGCGCAAACCUUCUGCGGAUGUCGUGAUUUUUGUUUUCCUUUGUCUCCACUCGCUGCUCUCGCGAGACGCUGGCUGCUGCCACUGGCGGAUGUACCGCUCUCGGUGUCGUGUACAGUCUGCUCGGCGGCCCCAGUUUGCAGAACGAUGGCUUAUUACCCGGCUCCCACCCCGACCGUCAUCGUCGUUCGCCAGCAACCGGCUCUUGGUGCAGGGCCGAUGCGCAUGCGCUGUCCACACUGCGGUGCCCUCGUGAUGACGGAAACCAAAAAAGAGUGCGGAGUCUGCACCUACGUCAUGGUCGGAGUCUGCUGCCUUCUCUGCUUUCCUUGCUUCUGGGUUCCCCUGGUGGUGGAUACCGGCAAGGACACAAGCCACACAUGUCCCAACUGCCGCGUGCAUCUAGGAGAGAGGCGAGCACUCUGAAGAGUACCAAGGAUGUGGGCGGUGGAAGCACCCAGAGACUGCGAAUAUGUACUACAUCUAGAACGCACGGGUGUGAUAGCACGCCUGGCGCUUUUCUUGGUUUUCUCUCAUCCUGCCUACGGUGUCCCCGCUGGCAUACCAAGGUUGAGAAGUGAUAGGGUGCACGGUGUUAUCGGAGUGAUCUCAACAUUGCGUUUCAUAAAGUGAGCCUGCUUUUAACACGGAAUGUGUUUUACGGGUCGUAAUUCUCUCUAAGAAAAUCUAUAAGAAAUGAACGAGCGUCGUGAACGAGCGUCGUCAACGAACGACACGCUGGGAGCUCGACGCGAUCCAGUCAAGUGAUCCGCGCAGGCUCGGGCAAGCCCGAAAACCCGAUCCCGACGCGUCCGAUGGGCCGGGCUCGGGUCAAUUAGUGAGCUCCCCGUCCGGGCUCGAGUCGGGCCGGGAUGAAAGUGUCGGGUCCCUUUAACCCAAAACCUUAGUAAAUAUAGAAAUUUAAUUUCAAGAACUGUAGUGUACUCAUGUCUCUCACCACAUAUUCAUGGUAAUGAGAGACUGCUAUAACACGGUUCAUCCUCCGCGGUCAAUUCCGCGUAGUAUGUGAUUGCCUGUCGUGGAGCUGGUUUUUGUUUCAUAUUCACGAUAAUUUGUAUUCUAGAUUUUAUUCCUGGAAUUAAAAAAAUCAUGCCAAUUAAA